AUGUCAAACGUACUGGAUAUUACCCCAGCACUAAAAACAGAAUGGACUGCCUUGAUCCAAGUUUUAGAAGUUGGGCACAUACAAGAAAACAUAGGCAGAGAAGAACUAAGACAUCUUCUAUUUACAGACUGCAAGGGGACAAAGGUGUUGGCUAUCAUCUACGGCUACCAUCUCCCACUUUUCAAGCAUACUUUCAAACCGUACAAACGGUACUACAUAUCAAAUGCAGUCAUAAUAAAAGUUCAAACACAAUUUGUUAUCAGCUCCUAUAAAUAUUCGUGGUCACUCAACAAUCGGACUCUCGUUCAACCAUAUCCUGAGCUUAAACCCCCUGUAUUGCCAUGUCACUUUCAGUUUACCCCUUUCACCCAAUUGCACAGACAUGCUGAAACUGACAAUUACCAAAACAUAAGGGGUGUCGUCAUCAAAUGCUUUCCAAGUGAACAAUUACAUGACGGAUCAGAGCUAUCAUCAAAAAGAGACAUCAUCAUCGUCAACGAAGAGAGAAUACUUCUUCUACUUACGUUAUGGAAUUCCUUUGAUGACAAUGAAGGGUAUGCUCUACAGAAAAUGACUACUACACCACCAAUGAUAUUUGGAAUGAGAUUGAAAGUGAUCACUUCCAACGGUCUGUCACUUACCACAACAAUGGGUUCUGCAAUCAUGAUUAAUCCACCAGCGGCGAAAGAUCUACAUUUAGAUAAUUGGUACAAUGAAAAUGAAGGAGAACUGGAACAGUUACUUAACAGAAAAACUUACAAUGAAAGUGAUCUUUUAUUCCCCAUUCCACAAAAAAAUGACACAGUUCCUAUCGCAACAGCAAUUGAAAGCCUAAAAAGUGUAAGUAAUUACAACUACAAAAUGACUUAA